UUCUCGAAACGAGUUGGAGGAGGAUUCGUUCUACAAAAACUUUCGUUCCAAAAUGAAGUGGUUCCUGCUGGCGGUUUGGCGAUUUCCGACGGAAACCUCGACGAUCCGUGGCAGUGCUGUGUGAAGAAAUUGUUUCGUUGUUUUCCAAACCAAUCUCGCGUGUUCUAGUGUUCUCGAGUGCGCAGUUUUAUGCACCUUGCACUUGCACCGGGGAUCCGUUCGAGUGAGUGUCUGUGUGGUGUGCAUGCGUUUGUUUGUGUCGAAUGCCCCGGAGAGAACCCCCGGCUGGCUGAUGGUGAAUGAAUUUCUCGUGCUACGAUUCAACGGGUGCACCACCUCCCGCAGCAACAACGGGGAUCCAUUUUCCGAUCCUGCCUGUUUUUGGCUUCCCGAUCAACCUUCUCGUUGGUUUCACACCCGGUCAUCCGUCCACAGUCCCGGAAAUCGUUGCCUAUCGUUGCCGUCGUUGUUGAGUGAUUAUUCUCCGUGUUAAUUUGUGCCUAGAACGUGAAUUUUCCUGCUGAAAACCUGCUCACUGUGCUUGCUGCUCGUCCUGAGAAAGACAUUGGCGCAAAAAGGCUGGAACGUGUCACCGCGGGACCCGAGUGACUGUUUGAAAAAUUCCGAAGGAAGAACACAUUCGGCGAAAGAGAGGAUGAAUAAAGUGUGUGAUGUAUCGUGGCCAAGCAGCAGCAGCAGCAGCAGCAGCUAUCAGUUGUGGGGACCGAAUGGAGCAUAAAUCACGAAAAGUGGUAAAAUAGGGCCCGGAAGACAAGGCACCGGCUCGCGACGAACCCCAACGGACGGUCUCGUAUCUGUGAUAUAUUGUGAAAUGUUGAAACUGCGUAACGUGUGGUAGCUAGACAGGCAGGCAGGCAGGCAGGUAGGUCAGGUGGAUAGGUUGUUCGACCAGGCCCCAAACUUCCAAUCAGAACGCAGCAGCGGCAGAUGAUAGAGUUGAGUUGAGUGCGUUUGUUGUGAGUGAGAGAUAUGUUAUGGUAGCGGUCAACGAUCCUCGAUGGUUUCCAAUUUUAACGUGUUGUGACGGUUGUGAUGGAGUUGUAGGGGUCCGCUCGAUGACCGUGGCCAGGAAUCUGGCAAAAUUUUAGCUAGCUCUAAAGAUAACCCGAUAACCGAAGCGAAGAGAGGGGAGCGCCUCAUUGAUGUUGCCGGAAGCAUGUAACCGUUUGUAGGAAGAGAACAGAGAUAACAAAGUGAAGGAGGAGCUAUUAUGGUGUGCUGAGGAACGUGGUGAGGAGGUUGUUUCUGUCAUACGGACGCGCACGCACGCACGGCCAUUCGCCGACGCAGCACAAUGCCUGAUGAAGCGGCAUAUCAGGUGUUCAAUUAUGUGGAGAACAGCUUCCUUCACGUGCCAGUCGGUGCGGAUGGCGGUGAGAAGGAUACCUGCGAGGACAUCUGCCGGUGGAUCUGCGAGAAGCUGAAAAUCCGGCCGCUAGUGUUUUCGCUCAUAGGUCUGCGCAUACACGGCGAUGCGCACACGCAUACAAGAUUCCUAGCUGGAUGCAACCGUCCCUCGACGGAUCGAAAGUACGACUUCCGUGUCCGCUUCAAGAUUCCGGAUCUAUCAUGCCUGAAAACGUUGGAUCAGUCGCUGUUCAACUACUACUACAGCCAACUGCGGUACGAUCUGCUGCAGAACCGCAUAUCGGAGAUCAAUUAUCAAAAACAGGACCACAAGAGCAGAGUGCUGGGAUACUCGGUGAACGACAUGUACCGGAAGAUGAUCGAGGACAACGUGACACUGGACGAGCUGCGACGAGACAUCGACAAAUACAUCCCGCGAAAGAUUAACCGCGAAUAUUCGCUAUUCCUUUUCAACAAGGCUCACAAAGAAAUCUUUGACAAGCUCAGCUCCAUUCGCAACAGGGAUCAUGAUUUGAACUACGUGAAGAACGUGUACAUCAACGACAUCGACAACAUUGCUCCGGGGUAUCUCUAUGAAGAGUACAACGCCGAAAUACCGUACCCAGGAGGUGAGCAGAGCUCACGCACCGGCAAGUGUCCGGUGAAGCUGCGCUUCCAACCGUACGGCAACGCACGAUCCUCCCGAUCCACCUCAUCUGCCAAGCAAGACUCAAAGAGAACCGAGAAUGAAAAGCUCGUGGAAGCGGAAGAUGCACGGGACAGUCCAGGACUCAAAGUGCUGUACUCGAGCAAGUGGCAGCACGUGGCCAAUAUUGAUGAAAUACUGUCCAUACUGGUGGAAGAACCUGAGCGGAAAGUCAAUUUGGCACUUGAAGAUCAGAAUGACCCUUACUGCAUACACUUCCACGAUUUGACUGAACUGACUUCUUUUGUAACAUGUCUAGCUGGUUACUAUAGAUUAAUGUGCAAAUGGACGGUAUACUUGUGUCAAGAGUACGUUUCAUCGCCAUCGUUGAACCGGUUGAAGGAGCUCAAGUUCCACGGACCGAUCGGUGGAAAGUAUUCUACAGACAAAAUCCGUGAAAAGAAUAGCACACCCGGUGCCUGCAUC